GAUAUUUGGUAGCUACAAAUAAACUCAAAGUUCAAAAUAAAUAACAAUAGAUAACUUUAAUUAACUAAACGAUUUAUUUAAACUAUGUCACUGUGGCAAUUCUCCGAAUCUUCGCUGCCACUUCUUAGACGUUGUAUCGAAGCUUCAAAAUUAGAUCAGAAUAAUAAAUGGGUUCAAAGAUUUGGUUCCUUUAACCACGAAAAGGAAGCGGAAAAUGUGAAAGAAAGCGACAAUAAUGCAGCGAUUUCAAUUCCCGUUUUAGAACAUACGAAUUCACACAGUCUAGAAACACUAAUUCUAGAAGAAGUCGAAAUAUCUGACAAUAUUUGGCAGGAAAUGAUUGAUAUUGAUCCUAUUUCUCAAUUCGAUUAUUUAGUAGAAAAUUGCUUGAAACAUUCAGCUCUAUAUCCUAUGCUGGCCGCAAAAUUAUCACUAACAUCCGUUGAAAAGCUGUGUAGUCAUAUUUUCAAAACUGAUAUCAUAAAUUUGACAUUCCUUGAAAAAUUCUAUACUUUAUUUUUGCCGGUAUAUUUGAAAAGGGAAUACACAAGGACGUCCUUAGACAUAAUAAUAAAGGCUGAAAAAUUCAACAGUGUAAUAUUUAAGUAUUUAUUAGAAUUAAUGAUUAAAGAUACUGAGUUGUCUGCUCAAGUUUUACAACAAUAUAUAUCGACAAUGGAUAUUAAAUGUCAGUCGGAAUUAAUGAAAAAUAUAAUUUCUUUUAAUUUAUCAAAUGACGUUUUUAUUCAUCAUUUAUAUUCAAUUCAUAUAUUGUAUAAAAAUUGUGAAAAAACUGAUUCAAUACAAAAUUAUGUUUUAUCGAAAUUAUCAAAUGCUUCACAGCAAUGUGUUAACGAUAAGAAUUAUGGUCGGCUACUACUAACCUAUCUACAAGCACAAAAAAAGUUUAGUACAAAUUAUACAGUUGUACAAAAAAUAAUAGAUUUGCACAGGUCUCCUUUUAAAAAACCUUGCAUGAAUGCAUUUAAUGAAUUGCAACAAUUACAAGAUCAAUCUAUUCUAAAUUCAAAUGAGAAUUUUUAGAUAUUUUACUGUUUCUUAAUUCUUACAAAUUUAUGGUGAAUUUAGAUUCUACUGUUCUAAUUGGCAGAAGCUCAGCAGUAACUCAGUAUACAUGUAACGUUUAAAUAAAAGGAAAUACCACUCACUGACAAUCUCCUAAACUAUCUGCACGAUUGACUUGAAAUUUGUUAGUUACUCCUUCCUCGACAUAGACGCUCCCUAAGAAAGGAUUUUAUUCAAAUCCUUUUGAAAAUACAUUGUUCUUAAUUGUGCGAACCCAAGAUGCCAGUAAUUAUAUAAAAUUAAGAUGUGGGUAUAAGUUGUUGACCUUGCUUGAUUGGAGACAAUAAAUAUUCCCUGUGCAGACUUCAGACCCCUUAUUUCCUGUGUUUGCAGAGAAAAGUGAAAAUAAUAAAUUACCUUGUUGUGUUAAAUAGAUAAAGCUAGUAAAUAAAUAUAUGUAUUA